UACGAUGACGUAAGAAGGAAGCCGCUGCCAUGGCAGUCUUCGCAGGGGGUCCAGAGCUGGAAAAGUAGUGAAGUGGCGCUGUAUGGCUGACGUACUUCCGCAUCUGAAAUUAGGACCUAAAUCCGGGUAUAAUUGAAGACUAAAAUCAGGUUACACCCCGUUAGAGGAAGUCAUUUCGACAAAUCUUCAACAUCGCCUUUCAAAUUUAGACAUUUUCCUCUGCUUGCCGCGAAAAAUAGCUUGAAAAUUGCGUGGAAUAUUUAUGCGCCGAAUGUAAUGCGGUUCGGACUACUAUUGACUAAACAAGCAAGAUGGCGGAACCUAACUUGGGAAACAGCCUAACUUCCAUGGAAUGGCUGGGUCAACUGAAUAUACCAGCAUCUUUGAAUGGAAAUUCUCCAAAUGGUAAGAAUGGACCUGGAUCUACCAAUUCGUUGGACCCAUCAAAAGGGACGAUUCCCAUGCGAAAAUCACCAAGUUCACCGCUGGAUACAUCAGCGACAUGGGACGAACAGCAGCCCGUGAAGGACGGGAAGCCGCCGUACAGCUACGCGAACCUAAUCACGUUCGCUAUCAACAGUUCACCGAAGAAAAAAAUGACUCUUAGUGAGAUAUACCAAUGGAUUUGUGAGAAUUUUCCGUACUACAGAGAAGCAGGAAAUGGAUGGAAGAACUCCAUCAGGCAUAAUCUCUCAUUAAACAAAUGUUUCAUGAAGGUUCCGAGGUCAAAAGAUGAUCCAGGAAAGGGAUCAUAUUGGGCCAUCGAUAACAAUCCACAAGACGACAGUCUAAGGAAGAAGAGGAGGCAUCCUGGUAUGUCACCGUACAGUCCCGAAGAAAGUUUAGAGAGUUCUGGCGGAAGUAUCGGCAGUGUCAUAGUUACCCCAGCAUUUCCAAAUAAUCAUUUUGCAUCACCGCCUCAUAGCCAUCUAUCAAAUUCAGGAGACCAAAGGUUAUUUGAGUCGAACCCCAAUAUAGAAGACCUCAGUGCAUCCUUCAGAAGUCUCUACAAGAAAGUAUUUGACAACCCACAAGGAGAUGUUGGUGACAUCAUCGCACAGUACAAGCUUCAGCUGGAGCAGUCCAAUUCAUCGCAAGGAUUAAACCAGCAACAGGGUGGUGUCUUCAACAAUUCACAAGGUAGCAUAUCCUCACUCAACAACAAUCAACAUCAGCAACUAAACCAGCAACAGCAACAGCAGGUCUUACAACAGUCGCAGCAACAACCUCUUCAACUGUCAUUAGGAAAUACAGAUUGGAUGAAUAACCUUGACAUUCUCAAAGAAAGCGUGCGGGUUGCAAGCAGCUACAAUUUCUCAGAUUUAGAUUUAUCACAAUUUGCAGGUCUGAUGGAGAGUAUGAGGCAAGCAGACUCCAAGAACUGGUCGUUGCAGCCUGGGCAGUUUGCAGAUCUGGCUGAAUCGCUAAACAACUUCUUCCAGCAGACAGGCGUGGCUGGUUUUCUCAACACAAGUCGGGGUAGUGGAGGAGGUAGCGCAUUCAGCGACAGCCCGCACAGCAGCAUCUCCAACUCAACGACAGGUGGCGGGGGUUUCCUGAUGGGUUCACCGCCCCUCCUCAGUCCCAACAGUAGCCACCAAUCCUUGGGCGUGCCUUCACCGGUCAUGGGUAUGGGUCACAACAACCUCAGCCCAACCAUGGUUCCUCAACCCCACCAGGGGACAUCGCCAAACGCUCACAUGCAACGGGUAGUCCACCAGAGUGUUCUGCCGCGACGCACGACCGAUUUCCCCGAUGACGACAUUGAAGAUAACUUUCCGUGGGACACCAUCGCGUAGCUGUUGCCUCUCCUAGAUAGUGACUUAGAGAUCAGAACUCUCUCUCGAUCUUAUCCCCCUGGGUGUUCAGCACCUGGGUUAGGUCUUUGGGCAAGAGAGUGGUAAUCCUUGGAUGCUUCAGGUGUCUUGAUACAUCCGCUCAUGCUCCGUGCCAGGUGCGGAGACUGUGCUAGUUUCAGAGGCUGUGCAAGUGUUGCCGUAAGGGAACUACAAAGGGCGUAGUCCCAGCAUGGUGUGGAAAAGAGUGUUGCCAAGAAAAGCUCGGUGGCACAUCUAUCUUUCAUCGGAUUGGGAAAGUGGACUGCAACAUCUACAAAUCUGGUGGGUGUGAAGGAACAGGUUGGCUCUUGCUUCAAUGGCUUCAUCUGUAGAGAAUACAGCUGUGAUUCUAUGAAGGAAACGAGUGUCACAGGAAUAACAGCAAUGUGGUACACUUUGAAAGGCCACUGAGGAAUGCAGUUGCAACCUUCCAGAGAAGAGAAGAUGAGUGUCCUAGAAGAAAAAGAAGCCUGGGAUACUCUGAAUGAUCACUUGUAUGAAUGCAGUUGAGUCUUUCUCAAGAAGAUUUAUGUCAUAGGAGUAAAGUGAAAUCUAAUCUGAAAGACUGCUGAGGAAUACACUUGUGUCUUUUUACAGAAGACAAGUUUUGCGGGCAGAAGACAAAAUCCUGUACACCCUGAAAGACUGAUGUGGAGUCAACAGAAGAUUGAGGGUAUAAAUCUGAGGGUUGAACCCCUUGUUGAUGAUGGAGUGUAGAAGGUCAAAGAUCCUUGUUUUGAAAGGCUCUUGGAAAAGGUGUCUCUGGAUAGUACUUCCUUAAUUUAAAGAAUGAAGAAGCUUUUCAGAGGAGAUGAUGAAAUAUUACGAUCAUUGCUGCAUGAUAAGUAAACUAGAAUGUACAUUCUUGAUGCAAAUGGGUAAGAAAUGGACCCAGAAUCUAUAUAAGAUAUUCCAACGCCUGAAGACUGCAUCCUCUUUCUUGUUUAGCAUCAAAGGAGAUGCACACAUAGGGGGAAAAGGCAAUAGUAAAUUGCCGGGGGGAAUUUUAUCUGUUACUUUUCAUAAUAUUUUAUUGUAAACACUAUCUCGCCAAUUAUGUUGUACAGAUGUGGAUAUGUACAUAGACGAACAGCUAUAUAUUUGUGAUGUUUGGGUGAGUGUGUGUGAGUGUUAACGGCAAUACACCCAAGACUGUGCUGGCUUGUGGUUCUCUCUAAUCUCUUAUCUUUCUCAGAUACUUCUAACAAUUUAUACAGGGUGGUCCAUAAAAAAACAAAAUAUCAUACUUUCAAUAAUGUGAGGCAAGUUCUACUGGUACCAUUAUACAGGGAAUCUUUUCGGGAGAAAAUUGAUACCUUAUUUGCGUCAAUAGGUAGACUAUUUUUUUCUUUUUCUGGAUCAAUUUUUAAGACAUCCUCUGGCAGUGCUCCUUGCAGAAAAUGAUGCAUCAUUGUGUAAUUUCGAAAAAUGUAUGAUGGUUGAGGUUUGUGCACGCUGUUAUUAACCUUCAGAUUGAACACAAAACAUAAUAUUCCACAAACCUUUGUCUUUUUUUCAGGCAUUUUUAAUGACUGUUGAACACUGACAUGAAAUUAUAAGAACUGUUUAAAACAAAGUUUUGUUGAUACUGAACAAAUUUGAACCCCCACCCUUGCAUCACAAAAUGACCCCUUAAACAAAAACCCCUCUACCAAAUGAGUCAAUAAUGGUGUCAUUUUUCUUGUGAAAAACUCUCCGUCAGCUGUUACCAGUGAAUUUGACCACACUUCAAUGAAAGCAUGCUAAUCCGUUUUUAUUGGACCACCCUGUAUAAUAGAUUUUUUUAUUUUUUUAAAGCCAGGUUUUAGUAAAGGUAUCUCUAAUUGCAGUGGCAGCUUGUUUAGUACUGAUAGUACCAUGUUUUGUUUGUUGAUACCUCCUCCAUAUUUUCCUGUUUGGAGAAAUUAACAAAGUGAGUGCAUGCAUGCGCUGUUAAAGCCUACUUCAGAUUUGACGCGGCAAAAAACCACAGCAGUUCUGUUACGAUGAUGUUAAUUGUAUUACGCUUCACGUUUCCAAUCACAGAGCUCGGUGAAUAAGCGCAAGACCUUUAUUGCGCGCAGUUGUUAUUCAUAUACGUGAACAAAAAACAUGGCAAUUAACCGCGUCAUAUCUGUACGAGCCUUUGAUGUUUGAUUUGCUAUUAAAUAGAUGCAUAAUUUCAUAAGGGUCUACCAUAUUUGAUACAGAGUUGCCCUUUUCACAAUAUGCAGGCAUAUAGAUGCAUGAUGCAUGCCCAUAUCUAUUGCAAUAUACAGUGUAUCAAUUUUUGGAUUGACUUGUUUAAAGGCAGCUUCAUUGAUUUGUUUUGAUGACUAUUAGAUUUUGGAUUAAUUAUUAAUUUAAUCAUUUAUAUUUGAAUUAAUUUUUGAAUAAUUGGAUUUCUUGUUCUUAAAAUGUGUUAUACUGAAAUUCUAUAAAAUCAUGUUUCAUUUGGUAAAUUCAACUUUUUAAGUUAUAUUGUCCUAGUGAAUACUAAGCUAAAAAUCAGAAUAUGUUUAUUCAAGUCAAAUAAUUAAAAAUAUUCUAUUCUGUUAUACAGGGUUAUUUAACUCAAGAGUUGUAUGCCAGAUCAUUUUCUUUCUUA